AUUUUUAUCGCUUUAUUGGGGAAUUUCCCUUUUUCAAAACGAAAAUACGAACUGAAAUCAUUUCGUUUUUGUAGCAACAUUUCAGUCUUCAGCGUUACUAUCUGCAUUGAAAUUGAAACUGUGCUCUAUGCCGUCUUAUUUUGUUGCUACUCAAGUGAAACUACUAUAAACAAAUGAAAGCGUUCUAUUAGAGCUAUGGCUGGCUCGAAAGAAAAUCCAAUUAUAAGAAUUAAAAUUCUUAGUGCUCCAGAUGAAGCUUAUUCCCAAGUUUCUGAUUACAGACGAAGUCUUCAGUUAAUCGACAGAAUUAAUCGUUCUGACAAUAUGGUAAUUACCACAGGAUUUAGAAUUCCUAGUGCUCCGGAUGAAGCUUAUUCCGUAGUUUCUGAAUACAGCCGAAGACUUCAGUUAGUCAACAGAAUUUAUCGUCCUGACAGGAUAGCAAUUACUACAGGACUUCCAGCGAAACAAGCUCCUGGUGGACUAGGAAGAAAGAUAAAUUUGAUUUCUAAUUUGUUCACUAUUAUUCUUCCACGGGAAAGAAAUAUAUAUCGAUAUGAAGUAAAGAUAGCAAGUUUUACUCCUGAUAAAACAUGCCUAACACCAACUAGUUGUAAAAAUACUCUAGUUAAUCGUAAAAUCAUAAACCGAAUGUUAGACACCAAUGAUAAUUUUCGCAACUCGUAUGCUGUUUACGAUGGUAAGAGCCUGAUAUAUACUUCAUCUCCUUUACAAUUGGAAUUUCCGUUCGAAAGUGAUAAAAUUACUGUUGAAAAUGAAAAUCUGAAAAAGAUUGGUACUUUCAAAGUAUACAUUAAACCCGUAGAAAGUGAAAAUGGUCCGGAAGAAAAUGAUGCUCAUGAUAUGGAAGAAAACGACUAUACUAUACAAUUAAGAGUUUUGCGGGAGCUGUUCAGAAGAAAUAUAAGUAAUGUAAAUGGCAUCCAGGAGGCGCUGGUGGCUCUUGAAACAAUAUUCAGACAUUCUCCUGCUUUGAAAUACACUCCAAUUGGCAGUAAUUUCUUCCGUACAAAUAUAUGCUCUCCAUUAGAUGAUCAGAUAGGCCCUCAAUUAGUUGGUAAAGUAACGUUGUUUGGCUACCAUCAAAGUCUUCGUUUGGGCCAAUGGAACAUUAUGACCAAUUUGGACACCAGUGCAACAACGUUCUUCACUAAACAACCCCUUGUUGAGUACAUUGCUAAGUUACUUAGAAUUCCGCAAAGUGAAUUAUCUUGCAUAUCUGCAUUGAGAAAUGACCAACUCCAGUUAUUACAGAGUAAGUUAAAAAAUUUAAAAAUCGAAACAUACCAUCAGAGAUCUAAACUUACAUUGAAACACAGUAUCUUCAAAAUCACAGAGAAAAACGCAUGGCAGAUACAAUUCCUCAAGAAAACAAGAACAAUCAUUUUGGACGAAGAAACUCAAGAAUCAAGAACGAUCAUAGAAAGAAAGACUGUUACAGUUCACGAAUAUUUUAGAGAAAAAUAUAAUAUAAAUUUGGCCUUCCCUCACUUACCUUGUGUACAAGUGAAACCAAAAAGUCAAAGAAUAUAUCUUCCGAUUGAGCUUUGUUAUAUUCCUGAAGGGCAGCACUAUAAAAAUGAGUUGAGCGAUGACGAGAAGCGGGAAAUGAUUAAAUUUACAGCAGAUAAUCCCGCUAGCAGGUUCCACAAAAUAGUUAACAUCAGAGAUAAAUGGGCCAAUUACGAAGAAGACGAGUAUUUAAAUAAUUUCGACAUUGUCGUUGAACGAGACCCUGUACGUUUGUCUGGGCGCGCCAUGCAAGCUCCAAACCUAAAUUAUGGAAAUAGAAAAAUUCAACCCAGAGGUGGAUCGUGGAACAUUAGAGAUUUACAGUUUUAUGUACCCUCCAAUAUUCGAUCUUGGAUUUUGCUUAAUCUUGCUGAGCGGCAUUGUAGAUUUAAUGAUUUGAAAAACUUUUCCGAUCAGUUGCAAAGAAUAGGUAGAGCAGCCGGUUUGAAUCUUGGACAACCUUCUGAUAUUAAAAGCAUUGAUGGUUCUAGAUAUGUCAAUCUUCACAGAACACUUACUGAUGCACGAAAAAAACAAGUCCAGCUGGUGGUGGUUGUGAUACCUUUUAAAGAUAAAACGAUAUACAGAAAUGUCAAACAAAUAGCUGAAGUCAAACUCGGUCUUCAGACGCAGUGCAUCGACCAUAACAAUGCGAGAAAAUGCAAUCCUUCUCUUUUACAUAAUUUGUGUCUCAAAAUCAAUGCUAAAACUGGCGGAAUUAACCACGUUUUAACGCAAGGAGAAAUUCCAAAGAUAAUGGCUCAGCCUGUUAUGAUAAUAGGAGCUGAUGUGUCCCACGCAGGAGUGACAGAUAAAAGUGGAAUAUCAGUAGCAGCUGUUGCAGGGAGUCUAGAUAUGAUACUGUCACGUUUCGCCGUUGAAUAUAGACUGCAAAAAACUCCUGCAGCCAAUAGGAGGUGUACUGAAAUCAUUCUUGAGUUAAAGGAUAUGGUGAAAGCAUUGUUAGAGGUUUUUUAUAAUUGUACGAUGGGGAAAAAACCAGAGAAAAUAAUUUUUUAUAGAGAUGGAGUGAGCGAUAGUUACUUCCAAGAAGUCAAAGAGGAAGAAGUAAAUGCCGUGCGACGCGCGUGUAUGGAGUUGCAAAGUGAUUAUCAACCAGCUAUUACGUUUGUCGUAGUUCAAAAGAGACAUCACGUCCGGUUUAGACCAGAAGAUUUCAGGGAUGGAGCCAGACCAGAAGGAAAUGUACCACCAGGAACAGUUGCGGAUACUGAGAUUGUGCACCCAUUACACAGAGAUUUUUAUCUUUGUAGUCAUCUAGGAUUGAGAGGAACCAGCAGACCUGCGCAUUACACGGUGUUGGAGGAUGACAGUGAAAUCUCAGCUGAUGAUCUUCAAAAAUUGACAUAUUAUCUAUGCUAUACUUCACUCCGACAUUCCAAAAGCACAUCCGCACCGGUACCCGUGACAUACGCUGAACUAACUGCCAAGCGUACACUACUGUGGUUGUCCGCAUUGCCUGAAGAUCUGAGAGAAAAACAAAUUGAGAGCCAAUGGAAUUCUGCAGGAGACACUGGCUGCUGUAGAACUUAAUGAAUCAUUUAGGAAUUCUAUGUAUUAUGUCUGAAAACAACUGCUCCGUGUUUUAAUGGGAUUGUUUGAGUAUGAGCUGAAAUAAUUAAUUUAUCUGCAUUCGUAGAAAAACAUUGUGAUAAAUAUGAAUAAUAUGAAAAAUAAUAAUUAAUUAAAAAAUAGUAAUAAACUUUGUUAAUAUGUUAUGAAUAAGACUAUUGAUGCUAACCCAACCCUAGCAACAAUUUUAUCUUGGCCCCAGUUGAGCUCAAAAUUGGCUCAAUAUAGGUCCUAUAAGAGCGUGCACAGAGGGACCAAUAUUGGAAUGUUUAGAUUUUUUACAUUGGUCCUAGAAUGGCAUAUAUAGGGCUUACAUUGGCCAAUAUUGAGCCUAUAUUUACCUAUAUCAGAGGUGGCCAACCUGCGUCUCGCGAGCCACUCUUUGAUGGAUUAUUUGUGGCUUUCGAUAAAUGUACCCGAGUUUCCCUUCAAUUUUUGUGAUAUUGUAUUUUAAAAAGUUAUUAUCGCUCCCUAUGUGUUUCAAAAUGUCUUUUAAAUUACUGAGAACAAGUAUGAAAGACUAAGUGCAACGUUGUUCAAUUCAAGGUGAGUUUUCCAUUUCCAAUAUUAAUUAUGACACAAAAAGCAUCUGGAGAGUUAGAAUUAAUCGAGAUGCAAGAAGAUCAAGCUCUACAAUUAAAAUGUAAGUCGAGGUCGAUUACUGAAUUUUGGAAAUUUGAACCAGAAUCGAAGUAUUCUGAAUUAAAAAAGGCUGAUUGUAGAAUUAUUUCAAUAUUCGGAACAAA